AAAAAAAAAAAAAAAGACAGUGGCCGUGAGGACCUCUGCUGCUUGACUGGAAUCUGGUCCUGCCUCUGCUCCUCUCCCCCCGCCGCCGGGAGCGUCGUCUCGGGGUCAUGGAGGCGCCCUCGUCUUUGCUGUGACCGCAGCUGGAGCAAUGCUGACCUCGAUUUCCUGGACCCAUUCUGACUCAGGAGCCUUCACGUAAAUGGGUCCAGUCAUGCCUGCCAGUAAGAAGCCAGAAAGCUCAGGAAUCAGUGUGUCCAGUGGACUGAGUCAGUGUUACCGGGGCAGCGGUUUCUCCAAGGCCCUCCAGGAAGACGAUGACCUCGACUUUCCUUUGCCUGACAUCAGAUUAGAAGAGGGGACCAUGGAAGAUGAAGAGCUGACCAACCUGAACUGGCUGCAUGAGAGCAAGAACUUGCUGAAGAGCUUUGGGGAGUCGGUCCUCAGGAGUGUCAGCCCCGUCCAGGACCUGGAUGAUGACACCCCACCAUCCCCUGCCCACUCGGACAUGCCCUAUGAUGCCAGGCAGAACCCCAACUGCAAGCCCCCCUAUUCCUUUAGCUGCCUCAUAUUUAUGGCCAUCGAGGACUCUCCAACCAAGCGUCUGCCAGUGAAGGAUAUCUACAACUGGAUCUUGGAACAUUUCCCGUAUUUUGCAAAUGCACCCACUGGGUGGAAGAACUCAGUGAGACAUAAUUUGUCCUUGAAUAAGUGUUUUAAGAAAGUGGACAAAGAGAGGAGUCAGAGUAUUGGGAAAGGGUCUUUGUGGUGCAUAGACCCAGAGUAUAGACAAAAUCUAAUUCAGGCUUUGAAAAAGACACCUUACCACCCACCUCCCACUCCUCAGGCAUAUCAAAGCACAUCAGGUCCACCCAUCUGGCCAGGCAGUACCUUCUUCAAGAGGAAUGGAGCCCUUCUGCAAGAUCCUGACAUUGAUGCCGCCGGCGCCAUGAUGCUUUUGAAUUCUCCCCCUGAGAUACAAGCAGGUUUUCCUUCAGGAGUGAUACAAAAUGGAGCGCGGGUUCUGAGCCGAGGGCUGUUUCCUGGCGUCCGGCCGUUGCCAAUCACUCCCAUUGGGGUGACCGCAGCCAUGAGGAAUGGCAUCACCAGUUGCCGGAUGAGGACUGAGAGUGAGCCGUCAUGUGGCUCCCCAGUGGUCAGCGGAGACCCCAAGGAGGACCACAACUACAGCAGUGCCAAGUCCUCCAACACCCGGAGCACCUCACCUGCCAGUGACUCCAUCUCCUCCUCCUCUUCCUCGGCUGAUGACCAUUACGAGUUUGCCACCAAGGGGAGCCAGGAGGGCAGUGAGGGCAGCUUCCAGAGCCACGAGAGCCACAGCGAGACAGAGGAGGAUGACAGAAAGCCCAGCCAGAAGGAGGCCAAGGAUGCCCUGGGGGACAGUGGGUACGCGUCGCAGCACAAGAAGCGCCAGCACUUCGCCAAGGCCAGAAAGGUCCCCAGCGAUACGCUGCCCCUCAAAAAGAGACGUACGGAAAAGCCUCCGGAGAGCGACGAUGAGGAGAUGAAAGAGGCAGCUGGGUCGCUCCUGCACUUGGCAGGGAUUCGGUCCUGUUUGAAUAACAUCACCAAUCGGACGGCAAAGGGACAGAAAGAGCAAAAGGAAACCACAAAAAAUUGAAAACAAGUCACUGAUUUGUUUUGAACUUAAGGCCAUUUGGUUUCAGCAUGUCAGGAGAUUUCUAAUGAUUUGUGGCAAUAUCAGCAAUUUUUUCUGUUUUUGUUUUUUCCUUUUGUUGGUUUGGUUUUCUUUUCUUUCCUCUUUUUUUAUUUGCCCCCCCUCUCUUUUGUUUUGGACCCUUAAGAAUUUUAUGUUUGAAGGAGAUUGAAGCCAUAGAACUCAUAUUGACACUCAGCUGUUUUACAAACGCUUUUCAUUAUCUGAAGACAAAACCGAGAAAAGCCAAAAUGACCAUUGCUUCCUGCAGCCUGUCAGAAGCCUGUGGCCGAAUCCACAGGGACGUCAUCGGGAAUGCCACAGGGAUACACAUGUGCCACUCACAAGGCACCCGUGUAAAGUCAUCAUUGUUCAGGCCCAACCCUUAGGUUUCAAAGGUCAGGAUUCCCCUCCAAGUGUACUCAGAGCGGAGUGCAUAAAGCACUCUGAGAAAUUCAAGAGUCCUGUGUCCACUAGGAGAGACCCACACCGUGGCCUUGGCACCUUGUUGUGCCAGGAACACCCUUGGCGUGGCCACACAGCAAGCACAGGGCUCAGCUAGCCAGUCCUCUGUGCUGCUUAACCUUGAGCCUGGUAUGUCUGUCUCAUCAAGUUGAACACUGGACUGUUUAGAAUCAUCAAGUAUAACUCAAAAAGAAAAGUGGGGUAAAUUCUCAGAGCUGUUGCUUAAUAAGUGAAUUCUAUUCUAUAUUUAAAAAAAAAAAGUUCCAAAAGCCAUAAGCCUGAAGGUUGGCCCUACACAUGCGUGAGCAAGUGCACCUGCAUGCACGCGCACACACACACAACACAAGAGCAAGCUGAUGGAGGAAACAGGCCAUGUCUUCUUAACUACCCAAGUGAAAAGCAAUCAUGUCCAAGAAAUGACAGUGGCUGUUCAGAAAGGAAAUAGUGGUGCAGAUUCUUUUCUGUCUAUCAACUAUCUGAUCCAAGUUGGGAGGGGGGAAGCCAUGGAAACUGCCAUUAAUAUUGUGUAUUUUUAAAAGGUUUAGAGCGCAUUGAUGGAACACAAAAACAGCCCCAAAACAAAAAAAAAUGAUGGCAAAUAAGAAAACUCCUAUACUGCCCUCCAAAAGGAGUUGACAAUUAAUGUCAAGACUCAUCUUUACAAAAAUCAGUGAUUUCCACAUUCAGCCAGUGUAGCCAGCAGAAAUUUCUGAUCCACAAUGCAUGGAUUCCUUUGAAGAAAAAAAAGAAAAAAAAAAAAAAGAAAAAGAAAAAAAAAUCACAAAAACAAACUUUUUUAAAUUCAGAAAUAACAAAGUUCUUGUAAGGUAAAUAAUGUAUUUAGCAUGAAGCAUGAAUUAUUUUCAUAUAAAUAUAGAAAAUAGAGAAAAGGCUAUGCCUCUAAUUUUUAAGCCCUUAGGCUUAGAGGUUCUUUUUUUUUUUUUCUCUCCCCCCCCUUUCCGUUUUUUUUUUUUUUUUCUUUAUUAUUUUGUUUUGGUUUUUUGAAGCAGGUGUUUAAGGUUUAACCUUCUUCAGGGACAAAUUCUGACUGUUGGGGAACUUACUCUGCAAUAUAAACAACAUCUUCAUGCUCUGGUCGGGCUCGAUGGUUGGACUCUGUACUGCCUUGUCUGCUCUCAGCCCUGACCCCUCUGAUUCUCUACUGAGGAGUGUGUCCUUCCUCUCUGUCUGUAUGUGUUUAACAUGACGCAAUAAUUUGAGGGCAAACUUAGUAGUGUGUAUGAUAGAAUCAAGAGAAUUAUGGGACGCUUACUUGAGAAAAAUCAUUACCAUGAUUUGGUUCUAGGAAAAAGGCAGUGAAUAAUUAUGCAAAUUAGCCAGAAGAAGGGGAAACAUGCUAAUGGGCCUUAUUGGGUGAGGGUAGGAGAUAGGAAACCUGUGAAGGAGGAAGCGAAACAGAGGUUAGGAGAGUCAGCCCCAGACAUUUUAUUGCAACAAUGCCAUUUCGCAGUAACGAGGAGGGGCUGGCUCUCUCUGCCACCUCAGUUACCACCCUGGAACUAAAACCACCUAGAUUGUGAGAGCUGAAUUUAGACAACCGGACCGUGUCACGCAGACCAGAAACUCCUGUUACCUUUGCCUAAAAAAUAAUAAUAAUAAUUUUUUUCCCUUGAGAUCCAAAGAGAAACCUCUGAAAGGAUAUGGUCUUCCACCUGAAUGGAAGGAAAUUUUAAAACACAAAAACACCCACUGCUAGUGGCUCAGGAUCUGAGGGGUUGGGCAAAGGAGGGAUCUAAGCCGAUUUGGAACUUCAGACAGAACAGCAGUGGGCCUGUAAAGACACACCCACCUGCUAGGAACAGGUGCCAUCUGGAACUGCAUCAGUCUUCGGGGUCGGGAUGGUUUUGAGUAUUCCUAGAACCAGCCCCUGGGCCUGGGCUCCUUGGGCUUGUUAGCUCAGGUCAGGCAGCAACGCAGGUGUGGCUUUGCAGUGCCCUGAUCCCUCUUUCUCCCCAAACAUCUGACACCCUAAAAGCCAUCCAAGCUAUGGAACCUGAGCCACAUGUUGAUAGUGUGAACCCAAAUGUCCAUCCCCACAUCCCUCCCCUCCCCAGCCCCCCAUCCCCAAGAUGAUCAAAUACAGACUUCUCCUGAAAGGCAGAGGUAAACGCUCAGCCCAGUUUCUGGCAGGGGACUUCUUCCAGUAAACACCCCCACAGUGGGCUGUCUCCCCUCAUUUCAGUUUUCUAAAGGAGCAAAGCCUCUUUUAGGAAGUAAUAAAAUGCAAUGUGUGUGAUUUACUUUUCUGAUCUCUUUGAGAACUAGAAACCUAUCUUAAUACAAGUGUGUUCUUAACUCCAGAACCACACUCUCUGCAUAAAUACCUCAUCGGGCAGCUUUCUAAGUGUGUUCUCCUGAGCCUCCCUUGGCACCUUCGUUGGAUCUUCUGGAAGACUUGUUGGGGAAACUUUAGUAAGGGUACUUUUUUCUAUUUUUCUUCUGUUUUUGGAGGCAUACACAUUAUGCAUAACCAAAACAGUGGCUCAAUUGUGUUUUAACUGUAUUUUGAUUGUUGAGGCAAAAACAAAGUAUCGAUGUAUAUGUGGCUGUUUGUAGCGAAAUCGUUGCAGAAUGAGGUUGUCUGUGUCCUUAAGCCAAGGGGCAGGAGGCACCCUCUCUUUCCCCCUCCUCCAAGAACAGUAGAGAAUUUAAGCACAAGCCUAUUUGUGAAAGAGUAUUUUGCUUGUCAUUCACCGUAGUCUCAGAAUUCCUUCUCAAAUGUCAGGUGUCCUCUUAGCUUUCAAAGUAGCCUAUGUAUCCAUUAGUCUGACAGAUCGCCUGAGCGUUGUCAAGGAGUGUGGUGUUCUUGCUUUCAUUUCUCCUGCAGGGAGAAGUGGCAGUCCGUGUGUCAUUCCAGUAUCUCACAUACUCACAUGGGGCGGGGCGGGGGGAGGGACCCGGGGAACUAUAGCAAUAUUUAAAGAUGCUUUGACAACAGCCGUGAAUACAUCAGCACCAUGCCAUCUACAAUUACUUGCUAUUGGCCCUCGGACACAUUUAAGAGAAAGAGACCAUAGCUCUUUCUUCUCAGAUGAAAUAAAUACACAUAGACAGUUAUUUUUAUCCUACUAUAAUUGUCUUUUAUCUAGUACUAUGUGGAAAGGGUUUGCAUCAUAGAUUUUUUUUCCCCCAGCCUUAUAAUCUACCACAAGCUCCUACUUGUCCCCUCCCCCCCCCCUUAAACAUUGUACUUUUGGGAGUUCUUUGGAAAAGCCGUCUAUCCAAAACUAAAAGUGAGCCACACUCACACUUAGAUGGUAUUGUGAGGAAACCAUGCCCAGGGAAGACUGUGGCCUGUUUGGAUCUUAGGGCUGAGUUUUGAAGGAGGAAUGGGUUGAGACCCUUUCUCAAGGAUAGAGUUUUCUUGUUGAGUCACUCGGUGAGUCUAGUGCUUACUGGCCAUAGCUGUUUCUACCACAGGGCAUUCUGGGAGAGAGGUGUCACAUUGAAUGGUGCCCAGAGAAGAGUGGCUGGCUUUGUCCUCACCUCACAGUCCAGUACAGCAGACUUGCUCAGACCACGUGCCAUUGAGUUUCAGUGGUGUUGCUCUGAGGCCUCUGGUCUUUCCCUGAAGGGCUCUUUGAUGUGGAGUCAGGGACAAGUAACCUGCAUGGGGUGGGGGGAGUUCCCAUAUGGUAUUAGAUUCAAUCCAAUGUGAUUUCUCUUUCCCUUUCAACUUUAUUCAGGUUGGGACUCAUUUCUUUCUGGUGGAUCACAGCUGCCCAGAUGUUGCGACUUACUUUUGUGUUUCUGUAGAGAAGUAUUUUUCUUUUACCUUCAGGAUUAUUAUUAUUAAUUUUUUUGCCACCAAAAGAAAACAUUGGAACUCUGUGUCCCCUCUUGAUUGUGACUUACCAGUGUUGACAGUUAAGUCCUUAGUGUCAUAGGUCCCAGCCCACCAGUACUAUAUCAAACACUGUUACGCACCUAACGCAGCACUGUGAUCUAAUUUAAAUAAUACUUUUUUAUUAUUUAUACUACUAUAUAUAAUAUACAUCAACACUUUUGCUAUAUAACCGAAGUGAUAAACCCCUUUUUAGUUACCUGCCCAACUCUAGACUUUGGUUUCUAUUGCAGUUAACACAGUUACAAAGUUGUAAUGGUGUCUUUUCUUUCUUCUUUUUUUUUUUCUUCCUUUGUAACGGAAUGUGUAAAUCAAAGUAUAUACAUUGUGUGGUUUUCCUGUUCCUUGGAAUUUCAUGAGGAUUUACACAUGGCAUUCAGUGUUCUGUACAGACCUGCCUACCUUUGUGAACUCAUCUGUUAAGCCCUCUUCCUCUGAGAGAGCGCCAGCCGCGGUGGCCAGCGCCCAGUGUCGCUCUCCUGCUGGGUAUUCUUGCGUGAAGCGCAGACUUGUCCACGCGGUUGCUUUAUCGUGAAUGAUGAGUGCGGCCAUGUCACUCUUCCACACUUCAGCAAACAAGUGCUAGCUUCACUGACCAAAAAAAUAAGGAAGGCAAACGCCGUUUCUCAAAGCGACCCACCUUUUCACGGCCGAGACCGGAUGAGUCCCAUGGUGCUGCAUCUGGCUGUGGAGCUGAGACCAAACCGACGUCACAGCUCGUUUCUGACUCACGUGAGCUCACGGUUACCCUUCCUGUUUUGUCAAUGUCGAAAUCAAGACUAUUUAUUUGGAAUCUGUACAGCAGUGAUUUUGCACUGUACUUCAUUUGCAAAAGUGGAGAACAGCCUUCUCUGCCCUUUUGCAAAUAAUUGAUAUUCCAUAUUGGAUUCUUAAAAGACUUCGAUAUGGUGAGUCUGUCAAACCCAGAAAUUACAUUUUAUCCUUUCAUGACAGGGGCCUGACUUCCCCCACUUCCCCUCCACCCCCCACUUAUUUUCUUUUAGAGGAAACAGCACACUGAGUUAUCGAAACAUUCACUGUUUCUUGAGUAUGUGUGAAGCCAUCCAAGGUCAUAGCUUCCUCGGUAACCAGUUCCACACCGUCAUUCUCACUGCUUAUACUGCCAUGGUGAAAAUGGGGAGGGAAAAGGUAUUGUGUGUCUGGGAAGCAUAUACACUUGUACAUUUUUAAUAUUCUCUGUAACAUUUCUGAGUUUUGUUUGUGUUUUUACAGAAAACAAAAACAGUGAUAAAGCAAUCAAAAAACCAAGAGGUUUAUGGUUGAUGUCAUAGGGUCACCUGACCUUCACUGGCCAAUAGACCUACAUGGCCAAAUUAAUUUACAAGAGUAAUAAUUUUUCAGAAGCCAAUUUUUUUUUCUGUAUUCUCCGUAUGAAACUGCCAAUAUCAUGAAUAGAAAGGGAGAACCAUACAGAAGAAAGCUAAUGAUGUUCAGUGGUGUUUGUGUUAACCUAAAGAGCGGUGUGGAGGCAGGCGCCCUCAGCCAAACUCGAGGGACUUGGUGAUGUUGCUUUGGAGGGAUCCAUACUGUAUUUUGCGUUCUUCAUAUGUAAUCAUAUUGCCAAAGACAAACUACUUCAUCAUUUAUUGUAAAUAACACUUCCCCAGACCUACCAUAAAGUUUCUGUGAUGUAUUGUCUUCCAGUUGCAAUAAAAAUUACUGAGUUGCAUCAA